AUGGGUAACGCCGUCAACACCGGUGGCGCUAGCGGCACGGGCCGUGCCGUGCUAGCGUUGGGAAGAAGGCCAGUGCUCCUCUCUCCAAUUCAGUUGCGCAGACCCAAACAAUACUCCACUUCUCCAUCCACCUCUUCCUCUAGCGAGUACGAGGACGAAGACGAAGAGGACUGGCGUACACCCAGCCCAGCUCGUAGGACUAACAUGGAUAUGCAUUCUUCUGGCAGCUACGGCGGCGACGUCAACACAAGCUCCGAAGUCGACGACGACAUGGACUUUUAUGAAGCUGACUCGUCUCAACCAGCAGUCAUGGCCGACGCAGUGAGAUCUUUCUAUUCUCUCUUUCUCACUCGACUUGUGGAUCGCUUGCUGACCGAAGAUCUCAUAGNNCAACAAAUACUCGCUUCGACCAACACAGGCAACCACAUGCAGACAACACAAGCAGUGAAUGGUUCCAGCAGUCCAUCUGCCAAUGUCCCUACGGCCAAACUCAACACAGCCAAGCUGCACGAGUUGCGCGCAAAGUUACUUGCCAAUCGCCAGGCUACACCCGUCAAGGACGUUUCCAAGCCUCUCAGUAAUGUCCACGCCGUCGCUAUCAAGACCGAAUCACAAUCUCGGCCCCAGAGCCCCGCUCUCACUCCAAAGACUACUCUGAGCAAGAACAAGGCCGACGUACAGCCAUCUCAAUCCAAGUUCAACAGACCAACUGCUGCCUCAAUUUUGAGCCAGUCAAACUCAGUUGACGCUCUCAUUGCCGAGGGUCAUGCAACUGCUGCCGAAUCGCAAAAUGACAUCAAGAACCAANAAAAGACUGCCCCAAUGAAGCAGCCCAAGACAACAGAACCUACAACCAAACAAUUCUUGGCUACAAACCUGGCUGAGAACAAGUCAGCCUCGUCGCCUCCUAUCUCUCACACGAGAAAUAAUACUGCUGAACAGAACAACUCGAACAGUGACAAGUCUUCAGAGUCGACUGUCAAGUCACCAGAGACUUCUAACCACCAGCAGAACNAAAAGAAUAGUCUAACCAAGCAGAAAUCUAUUGUCGCUUCUCCCGUGCCCGAGCGCGAAGUUACCAAGGAUAAGAACGCCGACCUGACUCCCGUCCAGCAAACCAACAUAACCAAGCUCGUCCAUCCCCUAUCUAGUGGUCCUUUACACAAGCGUAACCUCAGCUUGGCAACAACCCAGCCCACUAGGGACAAAGAGGAUGAGUAUUUCAAGGACGUCGAUCUUUGGUUGACCAUAACCGGUUUCCACGACACAACCUUCCGCGAACAGAAGCUCAAGACAUACAAGAUGCGUGCUGCUCUUGAAGAGAAGAAACGUGCCCUGGAGCUUGAGUUCGCUGAACUUGAGCGCCAAGAGGCUGCUGCGGCUAACGACCCUAGCACCAAGGACUACAUGCGUGCCGUCUCGACUGCUUAUAUGCCACCUCCACCUCUUCCUGCUUCAGCUCCAACCGAAGAGCAGUCUGUUCCCUUGACCAAGGCCAGCCCUGCACCAUCUCAGCCUGCCUCAGCUGGUGCCAAACGUCCUCGCUCGCCAUCUGUGCCAGUAGACAACGGUUGUGAGAAAUUGAGCCGUUUGAACACUUCUGGUCGUGUUACGCAUGGAGCCGAUCUGUUCGACAAGCCUCUGUCCGCCAGUGCUUCCAGACGUGGAUCCGAUCAGAGAUCUGACAGAUCCGACUAUCAUCGACGCACUGCUCCAGAUGCCUCUCCCAACUACCAAUCAAUCUCUGUUCGUGGUCAGGCCUACCGUCCCAAUGACAGUUCCUUCAGCCGUCGUGAAUCUUGGGCUGCCCCCAGAUCUCCCGAACAAUGGUCCGCUCGCUCUCGUGGAUGGAACUCUACUUCAUUCUCAGAUGUCAAUGAACAACCCAUCGGUCAAGGCGGCUACUCGAACAACAAAUGUGGGUACACUUCCGGCCCCAGAACCAGAUUUCAAAGAUAA